UGAAAGGAAACGGAUGAAGCGAAACGGUGAAAUGACUCGGGAGAUUCGGCUAGAAAAGCAGCAGAUGUUGUUCAUGCCGUUCUGCUCCAUCGACUUUACCUACGUUCCCGAGAGAAUAGCAUCAUAGAUCCUACCUUCCCAUCUGUAUAAGGAUUGACUUGUCGAUUUCCACAGGAAGAAAAAAAAAAGUACUGCAUGGUGAUAAAGUUCACUCAUGCCAACGGCACCGAACUGGAUCGAUAAUCGGCGCUGUUCCUUGUGGAGUAAGUAUAUUGUUACCCCCUUUUGUUGAUGUAGGGGAACAAAAAAAACCUGUUGGAGGUUCCCCUUUAGGCAGGAGGAGCACCAAUCUAUUAGCAUAGUGAACAUGUAGUCUUAACUUUGGUCUUGACCCAGUUGCGCUUUGAAGGAGAGUUGGACACAAUCAUUACUCAUUUUGAAAGAGUGUCCGCCAAGAGGGGAAAAAAAAUUAUGUUAACUUACCUUCGUCGCCAUUUAUGUUGAAAAGCAAACACGGCGUGGAACCAUCAGAGUUGAUUAUUGGAUCGAAAAAGUUGAUUUAUCGUCUUGGAUUGCAGUUGAAAUCGUGUGUAUCGCCCUUCUCUUUUACCCUCGGUGACGUGGCAAUCGAAAAACCCAUUAUUUAUCUUGAGAUAACAAUUUUCCUGUCUUCCUCCUUCCACCCUUUCCUUUCGGGGGAGAACUCGGUCGUGCAGGAGACAACUUGAUUAUAUCAUGUCGUCUCAGCGAGAAGUCCUCUCUGUCUCGUCCGUGUAAUUUGUUCUUCUAGCUUCCUACGACGGAAGGCACAGACAGAAAAACACAUACAGAGCGAAACAGCGAUGAUUGGUUCGAUAUCUUUCCAUUUGAUACCUGAAAUGGUACCCUCUACUCCGGAAGAAAGACGUAAACGCGUAAUGGAUGUAAGGAUUGCGGUGAGGAGGGGAAUGGGCCAACGAUCAAUGUGCCCAACUUGUCGAGCGGCUGGAAUCGAUCGGCUCCGGCUGCAUAUGGUUUGAUCCGGAUUCCCUUUUAGCCAACUUUUCCUACUAAGAUCAAAACUGAUUCUACCAUGUUUCUUACCCAUUACCAAAAAAACGAUCCGGCAGGAGGCUGAAAACGUAAGAAUUCCCGCGGGGUCAAAUCGACGAACCAAACAAUCCUCUAAUCACCUCUAAUCAACUGGCUGGUCUACUCCGAGAUAAUCUCUCUGAUGGGAACCGGAAGUUCCCCAACCAAACGGAAUUUCUCAAUUCGUCUGUGCCCUUGCAGAAGUCAGCUGAGCCAGCAAAAAGAUGGCGUGGGCGGAAGACAAAGGGCAAUCAAAAAAAAGAAAGGAGAGGACAUACUUUUACCAAUGGCCUGCUUCUUGGAUAGGGGAAAGGCUAAGCUGUGUUGAAUAUGACAGCAAAGGAAGACUCGAGAACCUCUUGCCGACAAAGGGCAUUACUUAAGACUUGCAAAAGCCAAAAGGAUACGUUUUGUUUAUGCUCUUCACCCGCCACCACCCACAAGAGCUUCGUGUAGAACAACAGUGGCUCAACAUUUACACAGACUAAGACGGGACUAAGAACUUUCUGUAGUCGAUCAUAUAUUGUCCUUAUUUCUUUUCUGGCCCUUUGCCUUUACCCCGUUCGCGCAAUCUGCUACUGCUGCCUCCCGUCCUCCAUGACGGCACUGGAUGGGCUGAGAGACGGGCGAGUCUGCGGACUAGGAGCUUGCCCCGGUAGUCUCUCUUUCCCACCACGCGCAGCUCUCUUCACCAUCUCCCCGCGAUUUGUUGACACACGGAAAGAAAGCCAUACACACCGGGGAGAAUCAGUGGCCUCGCUUCUACUCUAGGUACGUUGACGUCGAGAAUCUCUCAAGCGACGAUACUUAAUCGCAAAUUGGUUGACGACAGAACCGCUCCGCAAAGCAAUUCUACAAAGCCCUGGAUAAAAGGAAGCCUUGGUCCGCUCUGUGGUCAAUAUUUCUGCCAUCUCGUCGGUCGCACUUGAGAAGAAAGAAAGAAGAGUUACGCAACUCGAAGAUAAAGGAUCAGAUAACGAGUCGUCAUACUUGUGUUCGGAAGCUCAUCGAACAAGAUCUCGUUGGGGAGGGGAAAAAAAACGACUGCUCUACCGAGAUUUUCUGUAUUCAAAAAGAGCAGCCUCCUAAUACUCAGUCCCGCCAUAUUUACUUCCAUUCCAGGAGUGAAGAAGAGUUUCCGGGAUCGAUCCAGCAGCGCACGACCCGUCCCCCGGGGAUAGCGAGAGCCCCGGCACAUUCAUCGCCACCCACCACCGACGACGGCGGGUGGGAAGACGAAUUAAUAGAGCUCCACCAUCACGGCGAAAGGUGGUGGGCGUUCAAAAUUGGCUCGCCCAGCAGCUGCCAGAAGCUGAAUAGCAUGAGUACCGACAACAUAGCGACCCUUUGCGUCCGUCUCCCAGUCGACGGAAGUUGAGAAUGGCAUCAGGCAAAGAAUUGAACAACUAGUCUUGCUACUGUUGGAGGAAGUGUCGUGGCACUCGACUAGCUGCUCUCUUUCUUCGUCAUCUUCUCGCAGCUGCAACGUUACUUCUGCUCCUGCAAAAGAGAAGUCGACGACCUACGCCCGAACGGAUUUCCCUUUGUCUGUCGGAUGCAUGUACGUAUGCAACGAGAAGGGGCCAAUUGACAGGGAAUAACAAAUCGAACGUACGGUCACGAGUGGGUGAACAAUUGGCAAGCACAAAAAAAGGGGGGAAGCUGUUAAGGUGUUAAGGCUGACUGAGCGAUUAAUCCUCUUCAACACGAGACACAUUACACGUACCACACCGCCCACACUACAAGUCGUCCAGGUUCCGAAGAAGCUACAAUGAGUGUGCGUCGCGUCAAGGGCUCCUAUCGUAAUUCGCUCAGGCGUUUCGGAAGCGGCGAUCCUAACAAAGCCGUCCGCAACAGCGCCUGGAUCUUCCGUAACGGCGAAUGGCGGCUCAUCUUUGACGACGGAGAGGAGGCGUGUCUUCUUUAUGCCAAACAUGAGAGGUUGCCGCUCAAGGAUUUCGGCGCAGAGGUCAGACCGGCUGUGGACAUUACCCAGUUCCUGCAGCAGAGCGUCCUACUCCUGGACGUCACGGAGAAUUCGCCUUCUGACCUGGUCGAUCUCCUUCUCAGCAGGAUGGUGCCGUCCGUUGCCGAAGAGGCCAAAAUGAUUCUCUUCACUCAUGACACAGUUCCGAUGCUGGCGAGAACGAUUCAGGCGACGUGCACAACGGGCGACAGCGGCACUUUCGACUACGAUCAAUCUUGGAUCUGCGCUCUAUGCAAUCUACCAACACUGACGAGACGCCACGUCGGAAUCGUCCGCCUCAAGCAUCCGGCAAAUAUGGGCCAUACUUGCCACGAAGUCCGACUCUUCGUCUUGGUUCUCUGCCCCAGUAAAGAGAAAGGGACGAAGAACGCGCUGGAAACUGGCCGAACGUUUGCCACCCUGCUGGCCGACAUGGAUCUCCGGCAGCGUCUGCUGGAGGCACGGACUGAGGACGAGUUCAAGCGGAUCUUGCUGAAACACACGCAGGAGCUGGCUGAAGAGCAGGCCAUUUCCAUCCGAGUGGAUCACGGAAGUGCGACAAGACUCUCAACCGGCGGCGAGAGCAAUGAGGGCGAAAAGUUGUGCAGAUUUGGGCAGGGCAUCAGAGAGGAUCUGUCACGACGUCUGCCCCACUACAUUUCUGAUUACAAGGAUGGUUUGACAGGUGUCAAAACGCCCCAAAAGGUCCUCUCCACCACCCUGUUCCUCUACUUCGCCUGCAUCCUUCCGGCCAUCGCUUUCGGCGUCCUCAACGACCACAACACGCACGGGAAAAUUGACGUCAAGAAAGUCAUCAUCGGUCAGACCAUCGGCGGCUUAUUCUUCUUCGUCUUCGGCGGCCAGCCCCUGCUGAUCCUGCUCACCACCGCGCCACUCUCGCUCUACAUCAAAGUGAUCUACAGCAUCUGCGAGGAUUUCCAGCUGGAUUUCUACGCCAUGUACGGAUGUGUAGGUCUCUGGUCAUCGUUCUUCCUGGUCCUCUAUUCGCUCUUCGACGUCUCGCGCCUCAUGCGAUGGUCCACCCGUUCCACCGAGGAGAUCUUUGCCCUUUUCAUUUCCAUCGCAUUCUGCGUCGACGCCUUUCGCGACACUGUCAAAAAUUUCCAGGAGAACUACAACGCCCCGUCGUGUAAGGGCGAUCCAGCGAGCCUAGCAGUCAACGUCAGCAGUAAAACGAAUCGUGUCGACACGCCCACUGCUGCUAAUAAUUCCGUGGUGGCUUACCUACUUAGCCAGGGCAAUGCUUCCGUCUCUGAAAUCGUGGAAUGCAACCGGGCCAGCUCUCUCCUAUUCCUUCUCCUCAUGUUUGGCACCGUCUGGAUAGGCGUCUCCCUAUACAAUUUCAACAAAACACCGUACCUGCAGGCUGGAAAACGGGAAGCCUUGGCCGAUUACUCGCUGCCCGUAGCUGUCAUCACGCUAAGCUUUGUCGGCUCUUAUCUCUUCCAAGAUGUGACGGUGGAGCGGUUCCGAUAUGACGACAAAAACGUCUUCAUGGUGGCACCGCUCGAACGGCUAUCUUGGCUGGCCGUCUUGGGAGCCAUGGGCAUGGGAUUCUCUUUAUCGCUGCUCUUUUUCAUGGAUCAAAACAUCACGUCGGCCAUGGUCAACAAUCCGUGCAACAAGCUUAAGAAAGGUCCUGCCUACCAUUGGGAUUUGUUCGUGGUGGCGUUGGUGACGGCUUUCCUGUCCUUAUUCGGACUGCCGUGGAUGCACGCCACCCUGCCACACUCGCCGCUGCACGUCCGCGGUCUGGCCGAUGUCGAGGAAAGAGUCGACCAAGGGCACGUCUACGAAAUUAUUGUGAAAGUGCGCGAGACGAGACUGACGGGCAUGAUUUCACACUUCUUCAUCGGUCUCUCGCUCUUCCUGUUGCCCUAUCCGCUGGCCUACAUUCCAACGGCUGUCCUGGAUGGACUCUUCCUCUACAUGGCAGUUACUGCUCUCAACGGCAAUCAAAUGUUUGAGCGCAUUACUCUCCUCUUUAUGGAACAGGCCGCUUAUCCGCCGAAUCACUACAUUCGCCGAGUCCCACAACGCAAAAUCCAUCAGUUCACCGGCUGUCAGGUGACGCAGUUGCUGGUCAUGUGCCUCUUUGGCUUUGCUCCUUGGGCUUACAUGAAGAUGGUCUUCCCGCUCAUCAUCCUCUUCCUUCUGCCGGUUCGACACCGGCUCGUCCCGCAGCUCAUCGAAGGUCGCUUCCUGGAAGCGUUAGACGGAGAGCAUCAGUGAGUGAAGGGAUAAAGAGAAGAAUCCGCGUCAUUCUCUCUCUAUAUAUAUCUAUCUAUCUGUCUCGAUCUCUUUAGGAACUUUUAGAAACCACAUUAGUUACAUUUUCUCGAUUCCUUUUAUUCAUUCCUUCUAUUAAACGUCACUUAAUUCCAGUUCAUUGAAUGAAAUCCAAUCCAAUCCUUACCAUUUCCAUUUUCUACCAACACAUUUUUAGGAGAUUUUUUUUUGUACACCGCUAUGAAAUAGUCAAGCAUCCAGAAGGAAAUGUUGAAUUAACUUAAAAACUUAACGAUCGAGUUCUAGUGCAAUAAGAAGAAGUGCAUUUAGUCGCUCCGAUGUGGUUCUAAGCAUCCGACCCUCCUCAGUUCUUUUCUCUCUUUAAUUUAAUUCUCUUUCUCUUUAUCUCUCUCUCUCUCUCUCACUCGCACGCUCUUUAUUAUCGAUCGAUGAUCAUACGGAUGGUUGGUGUCGGUUAACAAUUGUUUAGUGCUAACUAGUUUUCGGGUGGGAUUUUUGUUUGCUAUGUUGAACGUGGGUGAGUGGGGCAAUACGAAUAUAAUAAAAACAUGUUUAUGUUUUCUCUAAUUCUAUUCAAUUGUUUGAUGCGUUACUAUAUAGUCAAUGUUUGUUACACACGUUCGUCAAAACCGGCCGUAUAUAUGUAAAUAACGAACAUACUGUAAACAUUUAACCACCUUACUUAUUGUAGACCGAUUCCCGAUUCAUUUUCACUCUUUACAUUUGCGAAUUUAUGAUAUCAAGAUUUGCUCUGAAUGUGAUUUCCAAAGUUUGUUAUGUCGAGUGCGGGUUACUUGCGGAAUGAAUUAUUACAAACAGAGCUUGUUAUCGCUUUGAA